CGAUCUCUCGCUGCAUCCCUCUCUGCUUGUCCCUCCCCAACCUCCAUCUCCCACCUUAGAAACCUUGUACGGGAUCCUCGCCGUCGUCCAUCUUUCCUCUGUCCUUUUGUUUUGUCAGUCUGUUUCUGUUCUCGUCGCUGCCCGAUGUUAUAAAAGGAGGACCUGCGCGCAACACUUGGAGCAAAUAUUAACCGAGAACGAUGCCUCCAUCACUGGCCCAGUGGCUCUGCCUCGUGGCCGUGAUCUGGCUCCAGAUCAUCGCUGGGACGAACACCAACUUCCCGGCAUACUCCUCGCAGCUCAAGCAAGUCCUCUCCAUCUCCCAGGUCCAGCUCAACAACCUCGCCUUCGCCUCCGACGCGGGCAAGCUGUUGGGGUGGUUCUCGGGGAUCGCUGCGGUGUACCUCCCGCUCUGGCUCGUCCUCCUGGUGGGCGCGUUGCUUGGGCUUGCCGGGAACGGCAUCCAGUACCUCUUCGUGGCUGGCAAGGUCACCUCGGUCUCGUACCCCGGGAUGUUUCUCCUUGCCGUCCUCGCCGGGAAAAGCAUCUGCUGGAUCAACACGGUGUGCUACGUGGUCGCGAUCGACAACUUCCCGCUCCACCGCCAGCUCGCUGUCGGGCUCACCACCAUCUACCAAGGGCUGAGCGCCAGUGUCUAUAUAGUUGACGCCGCACUCAACAAGCGCGGCGGGACUGGGGCUAGAGCUAAAAGCAUAUCUGCUUCUCAAUUGAGUCCUGCCAAUGGCCGUGUCGCUAGCCACCGCGCCUUUAGUUCGGGUUGUCAAUGCAGACGGUCCAGGGGCGGGCAAAAAUGCGCACAGCCAUUGCAGAAAGUACGUGGUGUCGAGACCGGCAUCAAUGGCGGUACUGAUGGCACCGAUGGUCGGUGCCUACUUCCUGAUCCUCAGCCCUGCCACGGCGGCGCUCUACGUGAGCACCGCCAUCAUCGCCAUCUGCACUGGGCCAUCACGUCCAUCUCCGUGGCGACCACCACCGAGCUCUUCGGGACCAAGAACUUCGGCGUGAACCACAACAUCCUUGUCACCAACAUCCCGAUUGGGUCCUUCGUCUUCGGAUACGCCGCGGCGUUGCUCUACCGCAACCGGCGAGGCGGCGACGGGAAGUGCAUGGGGAUGGAGUGUUAUAGCACGACGUUUGUCAUCUUGGUUCACGCCGAAGUUCUUGGUCCCGAAGAGCUCGGUAGUGGUCGCCACGGAGAUGGACGUGAUGGCCCCAGUGCAGAUGCCGAUGAUGGCGGUGCUCACGUACCACAACAUCCUUGUCACCAACAUCCCGAUUGGGUCCUUCGUCUUCGGAUACGCCGCGGCGUUGCUCUACCGCAGCCGGCGAGGCGGCGACGGGAAGUGCAUGGGGAUGGAGUGUUAUAG